CAGACCGCGCUUUAAAGGCACAGCGUCUUCUCCCUGCGCCGGCUUUGCUGCCUCCCGAGCCCUUUCCCGUGGCAGCUGCGCUGAGCUCCGUCUCCUUUUGCAAGAAGCGGCCCGGCCCCUUCGCAUUCCGCAGCCCUUUUAAAAAUGGGCGGGCGCAAAGUGGGGCUGGAAACACCCCUCCCGCUCUUGGAGAAACCAAUGGAGGAGGGAGGAAAGUGGGCCGAUCUCGGGUGAGAAGUCGCUGCUGCAGGGAAGCUCAUUGCUUUGCACCGAGAGAGAAAGAGGCGAUGGCGGCUGGGGCAGCGACGCGCCUCCUGGAAUGGAUCUUCGCCUUCUAUUUCCUCACUCACAUCCCCAUCACGCUGCUGGUCGAUUUGCAAUCGCUCCCGGGGGCAGGAUUUUACCCCCGCAGCCUGAAAGAAUUGACAAGCUGGUACACGGUUUCAUUUAAGGACCCCAUGAUGCAAGACCCCCCCUGGUUCAGGGCCUUCAUAGUCUGCGAAGCCUUCCUGCAGUUGCCUUUCUUCCCUAUUGCAGCCUAUGCCUUCUGGAAAGGCAACUGCAAAUGGAUCCGAAUCCCGGCCAUCAUUUACGCGACGCAUGUCAUGACCACGCUGCUCCCCAUCUUCAGCCACGUCCUGUUCAACGAUUUCUCGCGGUCCAAGCACCCUGCGCCCCAGACGCUGCACGAACGCUUGACUCUCUGCGCCAUUUACAGCCCUUACUUCCUGAUUCCCUGCCUCAUUCUUCUCACGAUGCUCCUCAGCCCCCUGUAUAACCAGGUGGAUAAAAGGAAAAAGAAAUAAGCCGGCGAGGAUUCUUCCUAAAACAGGGGGAAGGAGUCAGCCCUUGGAUUCAGAAGCUUGCAAACUGGGCCAAUAAAAUGUUUUGGUUUUUUUUAAAAAAA